GCAGUGCACGUAGAGCCCGGCACGUGUGAAGUCAUUGCAGCUCACAGGUGCUGCAAUAAGAACAAGAUCGAGGAGCGCUCCCAGACGGUGAAAUGCUCCUGCUUCCCGGGGCAGGUGGCAGGGACGACGCGGGCAGCUCCCUCCUGCGUGGAUGCCUCCAUCGUGCUGCAGAAGUGGUGGUGCCAGAUGGAGCCGUGCCUCGACGGGGAGGAGUGCAAGGUGCUGCCCGACCUCUCGGGCUGGAGCUGCAGCAGCGGCAACAAAGUGAAGACGACCAAG